GUAACAGCGCUUACAAAGAGGCAGGAUCCCCCUCAUUCAGCAUCUCGCUCUCCUACCAAAGACAUUUGUCGGUGCGCAAAGCUCGCAAUUAUGAUUAAAAAAAUAUCUCCUUCCGAGAACGAGUUUAACAUCCCGGCCAAAAACUGCCACAGGAUGGUGAUUCUAGGAUCCACAAAAGUUGGCAAGACGGCCAUCAUCUCUCGGUUUCUGAAUAAAAAAGUCGACGACCAGUACACGCCAACAAUCGAGGACUUUCAUAGGAAAUUAUACAGCAUUCGGGGAGAUGCGUACCAGUUGGACAUUCUGGACACCUCUGGAAACCAUCCCUUCCCCGCUAUGAGGAGACUCUCUAUCCUUACUGGUGAUGUUUUUAUCUUGGUGUUUAGUCUGGAUAACAGAGACUCAUUCCAAGAGGUCCAGCGCCUGAAGCGUCAAAUUUACGAAACCAAGUCCUGCCUGAAAAACAAAACCAAGGAGAACGUAGAUGUCCCGAUAGUUAUCUGCGGGAACAAGUGUGACCGGGAGUUUAACCGGGAGGUUCAGAAUGAGGAGAUUGAGAAGCUGGUGGCUGGUGAUGAACAGUGUGCCUACUAUGAGAUCUCUGCAAAACGGAACACUAAUGUCGAACAGAUGUUUCAGACUCUUUUUACCAUGGCUAAACUGCCCAACGAGAUGAGCCCGGACUCUCACCGCAAAGUUUCCUUACAGUUUUGCGAAGUACUGCAAAACAGCAGAAGAAAAUCUUUCAGAAAUAAGAAAUUCAAAGACGGCGAGGCAUACGGGAUUGUGGCACCGUUUGCGCGCCGACCAAGCGUGCAAAGUGACUUAAUGUAUAUCAAAGAGAAAGCUACUGGCUGCAGCCAGGGAAAAGAGAAAGACAGAUGCACCAUCUGCUAAGGACUCACUUGACAAUGCACAUGGAGACAUGUUACGAGAUGUUCUAUACAGCGAUGGAGAUGAUACCCGCCAGGCUUCAUGCCAGUGUGCUGAGUCCAGGAUAAGGAAGCACGCCAAGACGCAGUGACAGCCAGGGGUGUAUGUCCCAAACCACGCGAGAAGGCAUGGUCAUUGUCAGAUAUGUAUCUGUGGAGUCAGGGUGAUCAAAUGUGAUAUGGCUUCAGAGAACCUCUAGUGGUCUUGUUACUAUAGCUACAUGCUGUAAAAUGACAUUACUGAAUGGAGAAUGAAGCCUGCACUUGUGGGGUGGCAUUUGUUUACAUUUUAUUUUUCACACGGAACUGAACUUGAAUGUUAAUUGCAUACUUAACACAUAUGAAUGCUUAUUCUUAUGUCAUCGUUUACUUUUUACAAAAAAUAAACAUGGAGAAAAUAAAAUGAUCAAUUUGAAACGUAUAUCCAUCCCUUUUUUCUGUCAUCUUUUUGAACAUUGGUAAAGCAUAUUCCAUGCCCUUUCAGUGACACUUAUACCAUUAGCUAAACAAGUAGCCUGUACCUAAUUUAUGAAAUACAUACUUUCUGAGAAGAGUUAGGCAUAUGGUAGCUAGCAGAUUGAUGUUUCCAUUUAGGCCAACAAGCUAUUAACAUGUAAUUCAUGAAAAAUAACAGCGCACUUAAUGUGGCCGAUGCUACAAUCUUACUAAGAAACUGAGUAAAGACAAGUCACAAGGAAUUAAAACAAAGGUUUAAUUUUAGGCCUACUGCAUUGACAAUCUGCAGCACGCAAUCUGAAUAGCGCAACAACAAAACCAUCACAUAAAAUAAUCAUCCACUGCAUACACAAACUUGAGAGGGCAUUUUAAUUCAGUAUGGAUAAUACAUUUUUUACAAAGUAAAAAUGGGACAGUUUACAAUACAAGAUAAUGCCUGAAGGUAGUGUUAUAGUGAAAUAAAAUGUGCUCUGGUGGUUUUGACAAACGGGAUGAGUUCAAGUUAUACUGCAUGAGUUGUUAGAUUUGAAAGGCAAAUGAGAACACGGAGCCAAGAGAUGGAAUCCCC